UUUUUCCAUUUUCCUUAUGUCACUCUCAACAAAAAAAAAAACAACUGAAACCCCUCUCCCUAAAAUACAUUGAUUUUCAUAGCAACAUUUCUUCGAGACAAACCUGAUACUUGAUUCUUCUGAUUUGGGGUUUCUCUAUUCUGCUUCAAGAUUUAAUUUUGCUGUGGAUUGAAUUUGAUUAAUUACAUAUUCCCAGAAGGAAAAAAAGAGAAAUAAACAGGAGAAAAUUGUGUCCUUGUAAGCAUUUAGCAAUUAAGUUGAGGAAGGAAUUGUGAUUUGUGAGUAGGUCAGGUUUCUUCAAAAUGGGGAAACCAUUAUUUUAUGAGAUAUUGGAAAAGCCAGCAACGAGUUGUGUUAUUGGAAUAUGCAGUGCAAUUUGGUUCUAUAUUCAGAAGUCAAAUAUUGGUUAUUCACAUGUUGGUAUGAGUUAUGAAACUGCUGUUGAAGGUCAUCAUUGGAGGAUAGUAACAUCGGCGUUUUCGCAUAUUAGUGUGCUUCAUCUUGUUUUUAAUAUGAGUGCACUUUGGAGUCUUGGGGUUGUUGAACAAUUGGGAGAUAUAGGUCUUGGAGUUGAGUAUUAUCUUCAUUAUACAUUGGUUUUGGUUCUUCUUUCGGGCAUGCUUGUCGUGGCAAUGUACCAUAUUUUGAUUCAGAAAUUUAAGCUUGAGUAUUUUCGGAGAGUUACUGCUGUUGGAUAUUCUUGUGUGGUGUUUGGAUGGAUGACGAUUCUUUCAGUCAAGCAACCAUCGUCAAAAUUGAAUCUUUUUGGCUUUCUUUCACUUCCCAUCAGUUUUGCACCAUUUGAAUCACUCAUAUUUACUUCUAUUAUUGUUCCUCAAGCAAGUUUUCUUGGGCAUUUAUCGGGAAUUAUUGUUGGUUAUGCUGUUGGUUGGGGUCUGAUACAUGGGAUGAACAAUUACUGGGCGGUUACACUGCUGGGAUGGACUGUGGUUGUGUUUGUUUUCAGUUUGAAAAAGUCUGCUACAUUUGAUUUGAACUUUCUUGAGAUUGAACCUGUCACCGAUCCCUCUUUGCCUUCUGUACGGUUUUUUGCAGCUGGAAAUGGUAGAACUUUACAGAUGAGUACAUUAGCAGAUACUGGCGCCAAUCUUGUAUAGCUUUCGCUGCUUACGUGGGGAUUACAAUGUAUUUAUUAGUAUUGGGAUUUUGAAGGAUGACUGGUUUACCUGCCCAGUAAUCUCAACAAUUGUCAUUUAGGCGACAAUAUGUUCAUUGAUUUUUGAAACACUCGUCUGUUUAGGUAACCGCUGUCAUGUUUAAGUGUGUUGGACAAAGCUGUUAUUAACAUAUUUAUAGAUGCACCAUAGUAUUCCACUUAACUCUAAUUUUUUGUGGUUAGGUGCUUUAGCCAUUGUGUUCCAUCCAUGCAUGCAUUCCAAUUCUUUGUUAAAUGAUUUGGGAGGAUGACAUAUGCAAAUAUCAAAAGAAUUUCUGUUGUCUGUUUUCUAGGCUAUGUAAUGAACAAUUAUAUUUACUGCUGUCAA